AUUUUUACAUGAGACUGCCUUAGAUCUUUCUUCGCUUCAAUCCUAAUCAAUUUAGGUGCACAUCAAGACCUGAACUUGUCGAUAUCUGUUCAAAUUUAAUUUAGCCUGAGCAACCUUUGAUUAAGCAAUUUUUGAAUUUUUGGUGUACAAUUGAUCUCUUUGAAACGCCUUGAACUUGUACUGUUUAAAAAAGAAAAAUGGAAAGCAUGUGGUUGGAAGGUGUACUGGGAGCAAUAAAAGCGAUCGCAUUUGUCUGUGAUAUCAUCACUUAUCCAGUGUAUCUUAUUCUACAACGUCCAUGGGAGAAAAUACGAUUGUCACGAAGGGUGAAGGCAGAGAGACAAGUUGAAGAUGGAAAGACAGUUUUAGUGAAAUCACUUACUAUGCCAAGAGAUAUACAUUGUAAGCUUCUUACCUUCAAAAUUGACACCUUAGAAAAAAUGUUAAAUUAUAUCACAAACUUAUACGGAAACAAAAAUUGCCUGGGAACUCGGGAUAUUUUGGCCGAAGAAGACGAAAUCCAGCCAAAUGGCCGAAUUUUCAAAAAAUACCUGAUGGGUGAAUAUAAAUGGAGGAGUUACAAUGAUGUAAAUCAAGAGGCUUCGUUUUUUGGUCGUGGUCUUAGAUCCUUAGGCUUCAAGGCAAAAGAGAAUAUCGUCAUCUUUGCCGAAACCAGAGCUGAAUGGACGGUUGCAGCUCAUGGUUGUUUCAAACAAAAUUUCACAGUGGUCACUAUUUAUGCAACACUGGGGGAAGAGGCUAUUGCUCAUGGUAUAAAUGAAACUAAAGGGAGACUAGUCAUUACGACACACGAAUUACUACCAAAAUUUAAAACAAUACUGAAAAAUACUCCUUGUGUAAAGAAAAUUAUAUUUAUGGAAGAUCAGCUUAAGGUAACUGAUAGAACCAACUUCAGCCCAGAUGUAGAAAUACUUAGCUACAAAGAAGUAAUAGCUAAAGGUCAAAAUUUUGACUCAGUUGCUGCGGUACCUACAAAAGAUGAUAUUGCAAUUAUUAUGUAUACUAGCGGAUCCACCGGUGUACCAAAAGGUGUUUUACUAACUCAUUCCAAUAUGAUGGCAACUCUCAGUGCAUUUUCUGAUGCUGUAAUAAUUAGUACAAAUGAUGUUUUCCUUGGUUUCUUACCCCUAGCACAUGUUUUUGAACUCUUAACGGAAUCUGUAUGCCUUCUUAAUGGUGUUGCAAUUGGGUACUCAUCUCCACUUACACUUAUGGAUUUUUCAAAUAAAAUCAAGCAUGGGUCAAAAGGAGAUGCACCUGUUCUUAAACCAACAUGCCUCACUGCUGUACCUCUUAUUUUGGACAGGAUAUACAAAGGGGUUAAUGAAAAAGUUGAAAAGAACACUGCUUUUAAGCGUGCGCUGUUUAGAUUUGCUUUUGAGUACAAAAAGAAAUGGACUGAAUGGGGUUUCUCGUGUCCUCUAAUAGACAAAUUGGUGUUUGGUCAGACAAGGCAACUCCUAGGUGGAAGGGUCAGACUUAUUAUUAGCGGUGGAGCUCCUCUCUCUCCAGACACUCAUGAACUCAUUAAAAUUUGUUUGUGUGAAAAAGUCAUUCAAGGUUACGGCUUAACAGAAACGUGUUCCUGUGCCACUGUGAUGGACGACAUGGACAGGACAACAGGAAGGGCUGGACAUCCUAUGUCUUUAUGCUCUAUCCGCAUUGUCAAUUGGGAUGAGGGGAAUUACACUGUCUACGACCGACCAUUCCCAAGAGGUGAAAUCAUAAUUGGUGGAAAAAAUGUUUCUCCUGGGUACUACAAAAAUCCUGAAAAGACACGAGAGGACUUUUUCGAAGAGAAUGGUAUCAUGUGGUUCAGAACAGGAGAUAUCGGUGAAGUCCAUGAAGAUGGAGUAAUCAAAAUUAUUGAUCGUAAAAAAGAUUUAGUAAAACUGCAAGCUGGUGAAUAUGUCUCACUAGGAAAGGUAGAAUCUGUAUUGAAGACUUGUCCAAUCGUUGAAAACAUAUGUGUUUAUGGGGAUUCGUUAAAGGAUUACACAGUAGCACUGGUAGUUCCUUCACAGCAGCAUCUCAAGGCUGUUGCUAUAAAGCUUGGCAUAAAAGAAUCUUUUGAAGAACUCUGUGCUAAUCCAAGGAUAGAAAAAGCUGUCUUAGAAGAAUUAGUAGUUCAUGGUAAAAAAUGUAAACUCGAACGUUAUGAAAUUCCUGCAGCUGUCAAACUAUGUACCGAAGUUUGGUCACCCGAUUUGGGUCUGGUUACAGCCGCUUUUAAACUACGUCGCAAAGACAUUCAGAAGAGAUAUCAACAUGAAAUUAACAGAAUGUAUGCUUCAUGAUCUUGGCAUUUUUCUAAGUGGUUUCCUCUCUACUGAAUCUUCCUGCCAGUCUAAUUUUAUCUUCUUAUCCUCUGCCUACAUCACAUGAAAUACCCACAGUAUUUCAUCAUAAAAUGGUAUUGAUGGGUUUCUUAAACCUUUUUUUUUUGUCUCCUUAGCCACUUUUAGAUAUACUUAACAUAAAGUGGUUUUUAUUUAUAAUGGCAUAUUUGUAUAUGUUAAAUUAGAUUCUGGUUAUAAAUGUGUAUAUAAUCUGUAUAAAAAAUAAUUACCAUAAUGCACAGAGUAAAUCAGUUUAGAAAUGUAUAUUUUGUGGUUCAAGGGUAAAUUUAUGGGAAUAAUUAUUGAACUAAUAAACAAUUGAAUUUUUGUUAUUA